GAAAUGUGUUUUAACCUGGUGAGACGAUGACAGUCAUUUAUUUAGAGAAGUACGGGAUUUCUAACAAUCAGGAAUCAGCAGUAACUACAUGCAAUGAAAAGGGAGAGUGGACUAUCAGAGCAGUAUGCACAGAGGUUGUAUGCAGCAAUGAAAGGCCAGAACAUGUGUAUUCCUGGGAUGCCAGAUGGUGGCAACAAUCACAAAUGGGUGACACUGUAAGAUAUAGUUGUGAGGCAGGCUACGUGAACACAGCCACCCGGGCCACAUGCACCAGAGAUGGAUGGACACCAAAUCCACUCUGUCGAGAGAUUAAAUGUACAGUACCUCAGAUUGAAAAUGGUUAUGUGAGGAAUCGCAAUAUCCAAGAGUACAAAGAACAUGAAAUCCUGCUCUUUGAGUGUAAUGAUCGAUAUAAACGCACUGAAGAAAGAGCCGCAAAUUGCACAAAAGUAGGAAUGAGAGCAGAGUGGACCCCCACACCUUCGUGUGAACCAAUAAUAUGUAAAGUAAAUCUGCCGCCAGUCGAGGGAACCAGGUAUGAAUCUGUUUCCAGAAAUGUGUUUUCACCUGGUGAGACACUGAAAGUCAUUUGUGGAGAGAAGUACGGGAUUUCUAACAAUCAGGAAUCAGCAGUAACUACAUGCAAUGAAAAGGGAGAGUGGACUAUCAGAGCAGUAUGCACAGAGGUUGUGUGCGGCACUGAAGAACCAGAACAUGUGUAUUCCUGGGAUGCCAGAUGGUGGCAACAAUCACAAAUGGGUGAGACUACAAGAUAUAGUUGUGAGGCAGGCUACGUGAAAACAGCCACCUGGGCCACAUGCACCAGACAUGGAUGGACACCAAAUCCACUCUGUCGAGAGAUUGUAGGCUGUGGGAGUCCACCACCUCUCACAGAUGGAGACGUCAAGUACACCUUGAAAAGUAAUUACAGCCAUCAAGAAAGGGUUGAAUUCAUGUGUCAAAGUUACCACACCAUGGAGGGUGGGCCUUACAGAACCUGCAUCAACGGUGAAUGGAUCGGACAGAUGAGAUGCCUUAAACCCUGUAUUGUGAAUGAAGAAGUCUAUAAACAACAUAAUAUUACUUUAAAAUCUGAUGGCAGUACAUUUUUCACUCAUGAUGAAAUGAUUGAGUUCAAGUGUGCCAGAGGAAUACCAGUCGGUGCAGUGGCAAUGCGGCAGAGGUGUAACGGUGGUGAGAUUCUCCUGCCUACCUGCCAGUGAGAGUCAUCCGAAAGUUAUUGACUGAGAAUGCUAUUAUAAGUUAUUAUCCACUGUAAUUGUGAACAUUAUAAUAAAACAUACUUGAUCUCUGU